AUGUGGCCACCAUCUCCCACCAUGUGGCUGCCAUCUCCCACCAUGUGGCUGCCAUCUCCCACCAUGUGGCCACCAUCUCCCACCAUGUGGCCACCAUCUCCCACCAUGUGGCUACCAUAUCCCAACAUGUGGCCACCAUCUCCCACCAUGUGGCCACCAUCUCCCACCAUGUGGCUACCAUCUCCCACCAUGUGGCCGCCAUCUCCCACCAUGUGGCUACCAUCUCCCACCAUGUGGCCACCAUCUCCCAACAUGUGGCCACCAUCUCCCAACAUGUGGCCGCCAUCUCCCACCAUGUGGCUGCCAUCUCCCACCAUGUGGCCGCCAUCUCCCACCAUGUGGCCACCAUCUCCCACCAUGUGGCCGCCAUCUCCCACCAUGUGGCUACCAUCUCCCACCAUGUGGCCACCAUCUCCCACCAUGUGGCUACCAUCUCCCACCAUGUGGCCACCAUCUCCCACCAUGUGGCUACAGCCUCCCAACAUGUGGCUACCAUCUCCCAACAUGUGGCUACCAUCUCCCAACAUGUGGCCACCAUCUCCCAACAUGUGGCUACCAUCUCCCACCAUGUGGCUACAGCCUCCCAACAUGUGGCUACCAUCUCCCAACAUGUGGCCACCAUCUCCCAACAUGUGGCUACCAUCUCCCACCAUGUGGCUACAGCCUCCCAAUAUGUGGCUACCAUCUCCCAACAUGUGGCCGCCAUCUCCCACCAUGUGGCUACCAUCUCCCACCAUGUGGCCACCAUCUCCCAACAUGUGGCUGCCAUCUCCCACCAUGUGGCCGCCAUCUCCCACCAUGUGGCCGCCAUCUCCCACCAUGUGGCCACCAUCUCCCACCAUGUGGCCGCCAUCUCCCACCAUGUGGCCACCAUCUCCCACCAUGUGGCUACCAUCUCCCACCAUGUGGCCACCAUCUCCCAACACGUGGCUACAGCCUCCCAACAUGUGGCUACCAUCUCCCAACAUGUGGCUACCAUCUCCCAACAUGUGGCCACCAUCUCCCAACAUGUGGCUACCAUCUCCCACCAUGUGGCUACAGCCUCCCAAUAUGUGGCUACCAUCUCCCAACAUGUGGCCACCAUCUCCCAACAUGUGGCUACCAUCUCCCACCAUGUGGCUACAGCCUCCCAACAUGUGGCUACCAUCUCCCAACAUGUGGCCACCAUCUCCCAACAUGUGGCUACCAUCUCCCACCAUGUGGCUACAGCCUCCCAACAUGUGGCUACCAUCUCCCAACAUGUGGCCACCAUCUCCCAACAUGUGGCUACCAUCUCCCACCAUGUGGCUACAGCCUCCCAACAUGUGGCUACCAUCUCCCAACAUGUGGCCACCAUCUCCCAACAUGUGGCUACCAUCUCCCACCAUGUGGCUACAGCCUCCCAACAUGUGGCUACCAUCUCCCAACAUGUGGCCACCAUCUCCCAACAUGUGGCUACCAUCUCCCACCAUGUGGCUACAGCCUCCCAAUAUGUGGCUACCAUCUCCCAACAUGUGGCCACCACCUCCCAACAUGUGGCUACCAUCUCCCAACACGUGGCUACCAUCUCCCAACAUGUGGCUACCACCUCCCAGUAUGUGGCUACCAUCUCCCAACACGUGA